AUGCUUAAAGUAAUAUCAGAAGGCUCCUACCAAUCCCGUAUUGCCUGGAAAGGUUUACCCCAGGGCUCGGUUUUGAGUCCCUUACUUUACAAUAUAUAUUCUCAUGAUCUGGAAGCCUCCCUUAAGGGUAAAGUUAAUACACUCCAAUAUGCAGAUGAUUUACUCUUAUAUAUCUCAGACUAUGGAACAUUUAUACUUGAACCCUGUAAUACAGUAGCUCUCCAUAAGUUAAACAUUAUCCAGUCUAAGGCUCUGAGAAUAAUUGCUGGGGCUAUGCGUUCAAGCCCUAUUAACGCUUUGCAGGUCGAAUGUUCUGAAGCUCCCUGCACCUCAGACGACAAUUUCUUUGUGACAGGUUCCUGUUUAGAGCAUUCCAAGUCUAUAAUCAUCCUCUUUACUCUAAGUUACGAGACUUCAGUAUUUACUGGAGAAUGUUUUGGUCUGCUGAAAUCUCUGGAGUACAUUUUAAUAAUGAAGUUAAAAAACUCAAUAAUUUUAACCGACGCUAAAAGUGCCCUCCAAGCCUUGGAGAGAUUUCCUUUUAGCAAUAACAGAAAUAAUCAUCCAGUCAUUAUUGCAUGUCGUGAUCUAUUGCAUCAAUGUUGCAUCAAAAAUUACACAGUUUCUUUUGCUUGGAUUCCGGGGCACUCAGGUAUCUUUGGCAAUACCAAGGCCGAUAGCCUUGCCAAAGCUGCGGUCAAUGACGGAGAUCUGGUUCCGUACAAAAAUUUUUGUUGUGAUUUGGCUCUCCUGCCUAAAUCCCAGUUAUUGAAUUCUUGGACAAACAUUUGGCGUUCUUCAAGUCAGACUAAAGGUCGAUAUUACAGCACGAUUCAGGAGGAUAUACCUUCUAAACCAUGGUUUUCAAAUCUGACGCUUGGUAAAGCUAUCACUUCGACCCUUAUACGUAUGAGGGUAGGCCAUGCAUGCAUUCCUUUGCAUUUGGCAAGGCUUAACAUUUUGCCUAACGAUAUUUGUGAGUGUGGCAAUGACGUUGGGGAUUUUAAUCAUAUAUUCUUCGCCUGCACUCGACAUGACCGUUCCGCUUUUAUUUCCUCACUUUUAUCCAUUAAAAUUCCUUUUCCUACUUCAAUUUCUGUCCUAUUAUCUAAUAUAAAUAUGGAUGUAUAUAGAAUUUUAGCCAGUUUUAUUUUUCAUAACAAUAUAAAAUUAUAA